CAAUCAUUUGCUUUUGUUCUUUUUGACCAGAGAAAUCUCAUGGCUAUAAUCUAAAGUAUAUGGUACUGAAUCACAGACUGGACUUCUAGAUUAUGCCCUUCAGAAUCCUUUUCUUAUUACAAACUACAGUUGGACUUCUGGGAAAUAUCUCUUUCAUGUUCUACUAUCUAGUCCUUUACUACAAAGAAUGCACAUUAAAGCCCACAGACUUUAUUCUUAUGAACUUAAUGACAGCCAAUGCCUUGUUUGUUCUCUCUGAAGGAGUGCCCAACACAGUGGCAGCUUUUGGGCUCAAGCAGUUUUUGAAUGAUUUUGGAUGCAGGCUCCUAAUAUAUAUGCAUGGAUUUAGCAGGAGUGUGUCCAUUGGAACCACCUGCCUCUUGAGUGUCUUCCAGGCCAUCACCAUCAGUCCCAGGGAAUCCUGUUGGAAGGAUCAAAAAGUCAAACCUGUAAAAUUCAUUGGCUGCUACAUUUCCCUCAUCUGGGUCUUGUACAUGUUGAUAAAUUUCGUUUUCUUUGUGUACACAUAUAUUGGAAAUAAUAGCAAAAAUGUGACAAUAAAUCGAGAUUUUGGAUACUGCUUCAUUGUGGGGCGCAGUGAAAUCAGUAGCUCACUCUAUGCAGCAUUGGUGGUGUAUCCUGAAAUCUUCUUUUCAGUGCUCAUAGCCUGGUCCAGCAGCUGCAUGAUUGUCAUUCUGUACAGACACAAGAAGAGGAUUCAACACAUCCGCAGCACUCAUGGUUCCAGCAGAGCAUACCCUGAGUCCAGAGCCACUAAGAACAUCCUGAUCCUGGUGUCUAACUUUCUGGCUUUUUAUACUCUCUCUUCCAUCUUAAGAGGCUGCAUUGCUCGUUCCUAUAAUAACAGUUGGUGGCUGGUGAACAUCACUCGCCUCACUUCUCUGUGUUUUCCCUGUUUUGGACCCUUUGUUAUUAUGAAUCAUUACUCCAUUGUAUCCAGGCUUAAUUUGGUCUGGAUAAAAAAAUAA